AUGGGCACCAAACAGACCAAGGGUUGCCAGCCGGGCAGCACCGGGGAGAGCCCCCCGGCCCACCACCGCAAGAAAGUACCCCCCAGGGAAAGGGGAGAUUUCCUCGCCUCCCUCGUGGUGAAGUCCGGCGAGAAGUUUGGGAAGGGUGGUGGCAGCAGCUUGCCCCCUUACCACCGGCGGAUCUGCAUGAUCCAGGACAUGCUGGUGCUGGUGAAGCAGGGGAAGCAGGAGGAGGCCACCGAGCUGCUGAGGCACCUACGGCAGGACUUAGGAAUGGAGUCGACCUCUCUGGAUGACGUCCUCUAUCGAUAUGCCAGCUUUCGAAACCUGGUGGAUCCAAUCACUCAUGACUUGAUCAUCAGCCUUGCUAGAUACAUCCACUGCCCCAAACCGGAGGGGGACUCCCUCGGGGCCAUGGAGAAGCUUUGCCGGCAGCUCACCUACCACCUCAGCCCCCAUUCGCAGUGGAGACGCCAGGGCAUCAUGAAGAGGAAGCCGCAGUCCUGCUUGAAAGCUGUCCUGAUGGGGAAGCCUCAGGACAACACAGUGGACUUGUCGGGCAUCCCGCUGACGCUGAAAGACUUGGACCGCGUCACGUCCUACCUCCAGCACAGCUCGGAGCACAUCGACACGGUGGAGCUGUGCUUCACAGAGCUGACGGACGACAUGCUGCUGCAGCUGCUGCCGGCGCUCUGCGUGCUGCCCCACCUCACCACCCUCUCCCUCAACGGCAACCGGCUCACCAAAGCCAUCCUACGGGACCUCACCGAAACCUUGAAGGACCCCAAGAAGUUCCCCAGCGUCACCUGGAUCGACCUCGGCAACAACGUGGACAUCUUCUCCUUGCCGCAACCCUUCUUGGUCAGCCUAAAGAGACGAUGCCCAAAGCAAGGCAACUUACCGACUAUUCUGGAGUUUGGCGAGGGUCAGGUAAGCGAUUUGGAGAGCCAAGAUGGCCUGGCUGAGAGCCAGGAGGACCUGCGUGCUGGACCAGGCAAGACUGACAACAUAGGUUUGCAGCAGACAGACAGAACAGUUGAGGCUGGGGAGCUCCCCAACUCGGAGCAAGGUGCUGCGACACCGCAGACAUGAUGUCCGGCUCCGUGGCUCUUGGGUGGGCGCGUUGAGCAAGGAUGACUUAAAACCGAGACCUCAGCGUUGGAGGUCCUGGCGGAGGGUCGAUUCACGCGGUGGGUUGCUUCGGGAGUCCGGACUGCUGCCUUCCUCCCGUACGAUGAAUGUCAACUUUUUUCUUUUCCAAGACCACAUAAAGGUGAUCACAUUGAAUACUUG